ACAUUUUACAAGACGUAUCCAGAUUCAAAGACCAGAUUGUCUUGGGUGCAGUUGGUUCUGCCGUAACAUUUAUCGCAUUGGCCACAACAGUCAUAUUCUUCUGGUACAGGAAGUGCAUGCUCGAGCAGAAUUUGAAUGACCAGAGUCUUUGGAUAGUCGAUUACGCCGACAUCGUCCUACCCGAACAUCCUACUGGUCAUUCCACUACCACAUCUCAGGUUAGUAGUGGCUCUCAGGCUGCUACUGGGAGUAAGAGCAUGAGUAAGAGUGUCGGCGGCCACACUCACACGUCUUCAGGCAGUGGCAACACCGAUCAGAACAUGUUCCACACCAUCAGCAGCGGGAAAACUGUCAUCGGAAAAUACAAGGGUAACGUGGUGGCCAUGAAGAAGAUAGAAAAGGAGAAGCUGGUGGUCACACGAAAGCACCUGACGGAGUUCAAACAGAUGAGGGACCUGCUCCAUGAAAAUGUCAACAUCUUCGUCGGAGCCUGCAUCUACCCGCCCAGAAUCUACCUCAUCACAGCCUUCUGUUCCAAAGGAAGUCUGCAGGAUCUCCUGGAAAAUGACAGCAUAAAUCUUGACAAUGCCUUCAAGAUGUCCAUUGCUGUCGACAUUGCUAAGGGAAUGGCCUUCCUGCAUGGGACUACCAUUGCUUCCCAUGGCCGGCUGAAGUCGUCUAACUGUGUGGUGGACAGUCGCUGGGUGGUCAAGGUGACGGACUACGGCAUGGGCGACUUCAAGUGUGACCAGGACGACUCGGCUUGGGAGUCCGAACACGCUCGCUACACCGACAUGUUCUGGACGGCUCCGGAGCUGUUACGAUGCGCUGCCCAGGGAAACUACGGCUCACAGAAGGGCGACAUCUACGGGUACGGGAUCAUCCUGGCAGAGAUCGCGCUACGGAGCGGGCCGUACAGCGCACAGUCCGUCCUGGAUCCAAAGGGUAUUAUACAGGCGGUGAAGUUUGGCCAGGAGCCCGUGUACCGUCCCUUCGUUCCGCAGGACAACUGUCCCCACGAGAUGCACCGUCUGAUGGAGUCAUGCUGGACCGAGCUGGCAGACCGCCGACCCACCUUCGACUCCAUUCUCAGCUGGCUGAAGAAGAUGAACGGCGGAAAGCUGAUGAGUGUGGUGGAUAACAUGUUCUCCAUGAUGGAGAAGUACGCCUCUAACCUGGAGGAGCUGGUCCAGGAGCGGACAUCGCAGCUGGACGAGGAGAAGAGGAAGACAGACGAACUGCUCUACCGGAUGAUACCAGUGUUUGUGGCCAACAAACUGAAAUGUGGAGAAACCAUCCCGCCGCAGACGUUCGAGUCUGUGACUGUGUACUUCAGCGACAUCGUGGGCUUCACCAAGCUGGCGGCAGCGAGCUCGCCGCUUCAGGUUGUCGACUUCCUUAAUGACCUGUACACGUUGUUUGACGGCGUCAUCGAAAAGUAUGAUGUUUACAAGGUUGAGACUAUCGGUGAUGCGUACAUGGUAGCCUCGGGCCUGCCUGAACUGAACGGGAACCGCCAUGUCAGUGAGAUCGCCACCAUGGCCCUAGAGCUACUCUCUUCCCUGAAAAACUUCACCAUACGCCACAUUCCCAAGAAACAGCUACAGCUGCGCUGUGGCUUCCACACGGGAGCUGUAGUUGCCGGUGUGGUCGGACUGAAGAUGCCUCGGUACUGUCUGUUCGGAGACACGGUCAACACAGCUUCACGGAUGGAGUCCAGUGGCUUGGCUUUGCGGAUCCACGUGAGUUGGACCAGCUAUGUUCUACUGUUGGACAUGGGCACGUUUAUCAUGGAGAAACGUGGAGAGGUCACCAUCAAGGGUAAGGGUAUGGUGGAGACAUACUGGCUCCAUGGCCGCUCGGACAUGACCUUUGACCUCCCUGACGUCACUCUUGCCGCCCCAUUGGAGGAACACGAGUUUAAGUAAGGGAAGUGGUAUGCAACCUUACGUUUCUUCUCAAGAUGGUGAGAAGACCGAGACUCAAUCGUCU